AAAAAAAAAAAAGUGAAUUAUUUUAUUUAUUUAUUUUAACCGGUGGAGGCGUGAUCGCGGAGAAUGAGACUGAGGGGAACUGCCGGGCUUUGGAGGACAAGGCUGAGUUUAGGCUCGAAACUGAGAGACUAGAUUAACCCCCCUCCUUUUUUAUUUAUUUUUUAUUUUUUAUUUUUUCUGGAGGGGGGCACAACUUCCCCUCUUCCCAACGCUCGCUCCCAGUUUCGCCUUAUGGAUAGACCAGGCAACCUAGCCACGGAGGAGCUCAAGAUGGAUGAAAAGUGGAUAAUUGUAAAUGAGGAAGUCAGAAGACCCGGUGCUAUGACAAGAGAGCAGUAUAUUUUAGCAACACAACACAACAGGACUGAAAAUCCUCAGUUUUACCCAGUAGGGAUUUAUGGAUGGCGAAAGAGGUGCUUAUACUUCUUUGUACUUCUGCUGUUGGUUACCAUGAUUGUUAACUUAGCAAUGACAGUAUGGAUUUUGAAGGUUAUGAAUUUCACAGUGAGACUGUUGCUGCACUUUGAACAGAACCUCUGGUUUAAAUUCAUCCAAAAGGAAUCCCCUUCAAAUGCAGAAAAACUGCCCCACAGUCUGAGCCAACAUGGAAUAUUACAUGCUCCAGGAAGUUGCUUUCUGGAAGGUUAUUGCAUUUCUCAAGCUGUUAAGGAUGGAAUGGGAAAUUUGAGAGUCACUAAAAAAGGAAUACGACUUGAAGGAAUAUCUGAAUUUCUACUUCCAUUGUACGUGAAAGAAAUCAAUUCCCGAAAGGAUAGCCCACUGGUCUUACAGUCUGACAGAAAUGUAACAGUGAAUGCGAGAAAUCACAUGGGACAGUUAACUGGACAACUGACAGUAGGAGCUGAUGCUGUGGAGGCCCAGUGUAAGAGAUUUGAAGUGAGGGCAAGUGAAGGCGGAAAAGUAUUAUUUUCUGCAGAUGAAGAUGAGAUAGUCAUUGGAGCUGACAGACUGAAAGUAACAGGAACGGAAGGGGCAGUGUUUGGGCACUCCGUGGAGACACCCCAUAUCAGAGCAGAGCCUUCCCAAGACCUCAAACUUGAAUCUCCAACUAGAUCUUUGGUGAUGGAAGCACCCAGGGGAGUGCAAAUCAAUGCAGCUGCAGGAGACUUAAAGGCUACGUGUAGAAAAGAACUGCACUUACAGUCUACAGAAGGGGAGAUAUUUUUAAAUGCAGAUGCAAUCCGCCUGGGAAAUCUACCAAUGGGCUCCUUCUCCUCCUCUUCAACAAGCUCUUCAGCUCCUCGCCAGACUAUCUAUGAGCUCUGCGUCUGUCCCAGUGGUAAACUUUACCUGUCCCCAGCAGGAGCAGGCUCCACAUGUCAAUCCAGUAGCAACAUCUGCUUGUGGAGCUAGAAGGACUCCAAUUUAUCCUCACACCAGAAUAGCCUUUUGUUACUAUCCCUCUGCUUCACAGUUCUGCUCGGUUUCCCUUGUGACAAGUUCAAUGCUUCAAAUGGCCUGCAGAGCAACUUCUUCCAGUGUAAGCAGGAAUACAGCGCUGCCUUCUCUUGUGGUUUGAGUUACCACUCAACGUAGAGAUGGGAGUGAGAUAUUCAGAAAUCAAUGUAUUCUUCAUCAGGAAACCUGGAACAUAAUAUCACCUUUUGUCCAAAAGGGAGAAUAACACAGGUGCCUUUGCUACAUGAAGUGAAGCACAUAGUUUUAGAUUUUUGCAGGACCUGGAUAUGAACUGCACAUAUAUAUAUACAGUACAUAAACAAAUUUACCCAGAAUCUGAUGGUGAGAUGAAUUGGUUACCCCUGUAUGAUAAAUAACUCUACUGUCUGAAAGCACAAUUUUCCAUUCAUCUUUUUUGGAUGUAAACUUUUAUCCCUGAAUUUUAAAAUUUUGAAGCAUUGUGUGAUGCUUGCUUUACUAAACAAUUAAAUUCAGUAAAUGGUUUUUAACACAAAAAGAGACAGAAUCCCUCCCUGAGUUUGGUUUCUUUAGAAGUGUGUUGUUACUCUUUGUCUACUAAGUCUAGGGUUUUGUACACUAGGUAAAUUUUGGAAGUGCUCAGCAAUAUUACCUUUCAGAGUGAAAAAGACAUCUGCUCUUGUCUGUCUGAUCUGAAUGGCCUUAUAUAUUAAUUUUGUGGCUACUGCAUGUGAAGCGAUUGCUUUCAGUAGAACAUACAGGUUUUGGGAGAGAAGAACAGGGUAAAGAGGGAAAUACUGAUGAUAUGUCUUUUGACCAGUGUAUUGCUCUUCAUAAGGUAAUUAUAAUUGGCAAAUGAAAAAAAAAAUCAUCAAAGGUACAUCUUGUCCAUUUUCUAGCUAACUGCUGCCAUUUGAACACAGCAUAAACAUUAGUAUUAAUACAAUGUGUAGUGCUGAGAAGCAAUGCACUAACAAGUGGUAUGACACUCAUUUAUUAUUCUCUUUUGUUUACCAUCUGCUGCUGAGGUUUGAAAGUAAUAGUAGUAUAUAUACACAAACAUAUAUCAAAUUACAUUAAAUAUGAAAAAGUACAUUAAUAUGAUAUUGACUUCAUCAGGUCUGUGUUUAAAUUAUGCAGCCCCCUUUGCACCAAGAUCUCACUGCUGAAUUCCUAUUUUUGACAAUAUGGGAUUUCUUACUUGUAUCAAUGUUCAUACUUGAUUCAUUUGAUUUGUAAUUGAAAUCUUAUAAAAAAGCUUUGGUAUGCUGCUACAUAAAUUUAUCACAACAUUGAUUAACAAGAGUAUCUUGAAACUUACAGAACCCAGGAAUGUAAAACAGUUUAAAAUGUUUCCUAUUGUGGAAGAUGGCUUGAUUCCAUAAGGUAAGUGUUCUUUUUAAUACUGUCCUUUAAAUUACAUCAUCUAGCUUGUAACUAGAGGGUUCUGAAUGUAAGAUCAUCAGUUCAAUGUCAGCUUUUGCAAGGUAACUCUGAAAGGCAAACAGUGUAAGGUGAGUAUUUCUACAGAGUAUUUUUUUUGUCUUUGGAAAAAAAUAGGAAAAGAAACAAACUAAUGUUGUGAUUACCUUUCUAUUUUAUUAUCACCCAAUAAGGUUGAUUGUGUUUUCACUUCAGGUGAAAUUCACUCCUAUGCAGAAGACCAGCACAAGAUGCGUCCAUGGCUUAACUGGUGCUUGUCUUUCCACUGGCUCUCUUCAGAGGUGUGAAUUUCACCCCAUAGCAAGAAUGCCAUAAUUGUGUUUUCUAGCAGUAAAAUCAAGAUUUUAAAUUGAUUAUUUCUUCAAAAGAAAGCUACCGAGAAAUGAUCUGUUGGUGAUUUUCAUUCAUAAUAUUGAUAUUUAAAUACACUGAAAGCUAUAAGAAGGGGAAAAGAUCAGUUUUCAUUUAUAAGAAUAUUUCUAGCGCACGUGAUUCCACAGAGUAUUAGAAAAGGGAUUUCAGUGCAUCUAAAGAACUAAAAACAUUAGAACACCAAUAAUAUACAAGCAGUGUCAGUGUUUCUGAGUGGGAAGAGAAACAGAUCUGGUAUUUUUCAGUGUUUGGAACUGACAAUAGUAGAGCUCUUUGGAUUGUAGUGUGCCUCAACAAGUGACACAGUCCCACCUUGUCAUUUCAGAUGUAAGAAAACUGAAAGAUCUCAGUGCAAAUACUGUGUUAAAACAUGAAGCCAUACCUUUACUAUUUCAGCCCUGGCUUUCUAAUGUUGAGGCAUAAAAUAAAGGCCAUUCUGUGCAGAACCAUUAGGAAAUUUUCAGUUAAUUUUUGUCACCUUUCUCAUAGAUCCUUGUCCCUUUCUCCAAGUUAAGUCAGUCCUUGUUGGCAGUGUAUAAUGCCCAAUAUUCAUGUUAUAUAAAGCUCCAGCUGUAUCUCUAACUAGAGUGCUUAUUUAACUAAAAAAUUUGAUCACUUAUUUCAGAAAAGAGAUGUCACUUCUUAUUCCAGCUAAGGAAGAGUUUCCCAUUAACAAAUCACUCUGUUGUGACAAUUGUAGAGAAAGACUGAAGACCUCCAGGUAUUUUUAAGCAUUAAUAUUAGAGCAAUUUAAAAAAAUACUAAAAAUACUCUUUUGAGGCUCUUUAUAGUACAUGAAUACAUGUAUCAAAUAAAGCUUCUUUUUGUACUCAAACGUUUGAGAACCACUAAGAUGGUAUUGCAGCUGUUUGACUUUUUCAGAGCUAUCCCUAUGGCAACAGUGAACUAUACGAAAAGAUCUUAUUAGCUACAUGUAUUUAAUGCAUACAACAGAUUUAUCUUCUGUAAAAAUAUGUGUCAUUAUAUUAUAGGAUACUGUCUCUUUCUUGUUUAAAAAAGAAAAAUAAAAGCAUCAGCAAUCUCUCUGAGCACUGUUAGCUGUAUGGUUUUGUACUGCAGUUCAUUCAUUGGUUAAGUGAUAAGACCAAAGACUGACACUUCUACUUUAUCUAACACUAUGACACUGCUGCUUCUACUAAUUCUGUUGGAAUGAAGAGAUGACAAGUUGUAAUUACAACAUGAAAUUGUAACAUAGUUUAGAUUUGUACAGCAUUUUGAGCUGUAGCUUGUUCACUUUUUUCCAGAUUUAAUUUUUUUUUCAGCAUUGUGCAGUUAAGUUACUGUUCACACUUCAUAUGAACCUUUCAGUGUUCCUAAAAAGAGGAGAGUGUAUAUUCCAAAAUGUGCCAAGAUACUGCUUCUUUCAACUGAAGCUAUACUGUUUUGUCUGAAAAAUGGUGGUUUGACUGGAUGACACAAUUUCACUUUAAAACAUUUUAGAUGCAGAGGGCUAUUAAGUCUGGGUUGAAGAUACAGCCAUAAAUGUCUUGAAGGAUUUUAUGAGGGAUGCUUAAGAUACUCUGUUACUAACACUUUGUACUGUUUUUUAUGGUUUUGAUUUAAAAUUCUAAAUCAUUGUCUAAAUAAUAAAAAAAAGUAAAACACACUAUGGAAUUACUAUCAGCUGAUUCACUGUAAUGCAUAUGUAAGUUGGAUCAAAGGUUGAGUGUCAUAUUGUUUCAAUCAGUACUCAGUAAAGGUCUGCUAACCAUUUUUGUUUUGUAACUUUCAUGUUAAUGAUUUUCUUGUGUAUAUAAUAUAUAAAAAGAUGGGAACUAUUUUCUUACACAUACUAUGCAAUAUGUUUGUAAAACUGCAAUAUUACCAAAAUUACAAAAGCUGUGCUUUUGUACUCUUGCUUUAUGUAAAACAAAUCUUUUUUCUAUUUAACAGAUUGUCUGUCAUAAUUGUAGAUAACAUUAUUCAAAAUCAGUACACUGAAACUUUAAGACUUUUUAUUUCAUUUUCCUUGGGUUUUUUAUUUUAUGAAAAUAAUAGCAAGGUUUUGGAAGUUGGAAAUUGUCUUUUUUUUUUCUUGGAAAGAUAGAACUUUUACAGCAUGUAAUUAACACAGACUGAAAUCUCCUGUACUUCUUUCCUUUGAUUUUGCAUUUUUAUCUGGUGCUACUGUACAACCAUAAAUAAAUGUAAUCUAUAAAUUAGGGAACAUAUCAGAACUCACUUCAGGAAUAACCAGAUGGGAAACUUUCUAACACCGAGAAGAAGAUGCGGAAUAACAGAUGAAAAAAUGUUGGUUUUUCUGGUUUGUUUGUUUGUUUUUGUAUUCUUCCAUCUACAUUAGCUGAAAGGUAGUAGCUUUUCUUUUCAAGGUUUUCCCCACACAAAACAUAGUACAGUUUUGUUUCAAACAUAUUUUUGAAAAUAUAUACUGAACUUAAAUGUAGUAUUUGCAUGAAGAAAAUCAGAAUAUAAAAAGAAUAUGGAUUUUAUUUCUAUAUCAGCUUUACUAAGGUUAAAAUUAAGAGUCCUGCAUCUCAUCUACGGUAAACGCAUAUUAUACUGGACAAGUUUCUUUGCAGCCUGCCAGAAUAAACAUAUGUUUAAACUGCACCAAUUCACAAGCCACUUGGCAAUUACACAGUCAUGUGAGGGGUUGUGGUGAUCUCAUAAAUGCCAACAAGUCCUACCUGCUUUUAAAUUGGCAUCAAUUCUGCUCACCACAUAGCCUUGCACAUAGCUCUGGCAAAAAGUAGCAUAAGCAUGCAGAUGAUUUGUUUGCGCUGAGCUCCUUUAUGCUAUGCUAUGGUUUUAGCAAUAUCCACAGUAGCCAAACAGUAGCUAACUGCAUAAUGCCUAAAAAAUUGCAGUUUCUGCACAUGAGCAAGUGUUGCAUAGAGCUAUCAGUAACGCAGGUCCUUCUUAGUCUCGUGUGACUAAUAUACAAUAGCUGAAACAGCAAGAAAAAAUACUCUUAGCCAUUUUAUUAUGGUUUGGACUAGUCCAAUCCAGGAAAAGCUAAAUGACACAAAAAGAUAAAUGGAAGGUUUAGUGAAGGAGAACAAAACAAAACUACACAAGCUUUGUGUUGGUUCAACACAGCCCACACUGAAACCAGAAUUUAAUAGAAGCUCUGUGUGUAAAAAGAGGGUUUCUCCUGAAACACUGAACUGACCUUAUGUUACGUGUUUUUGAAUUCUGAAAUAUUAUUUGAGCUUUAAGCAAUACAUAUCUUAUACAGACCAGAACCAGGACAAGUUUCAGAACAGCCAAGGAAAAAAAUAUAUAUUACAAGCCUGGUGUGAUCUGAGUCAGUAUUACAUACAACACAAAUAAACCUAGCCUACUUAUCUGAGAAGAUAAAAUCAUCAGAACAAGAAAUUUUCCCUCCAUUUUGAUAAAACGAAAAUUGUUCAGGAUAGCUGACCCAAGGAGUGCCCAGCUUUUCCAGUGUCUCAGUUUCUAAAGUGUUUAAACUAUUAGAACCAUUUAUAUUUAAAAAGUCUGGCCUUUGGCUUAACCAAGUUCACUGAAUGCAUUUCUUGAUCUGAGAAGAAAAGGUGCCUUUUUAUCACACAUAUACCUCUUGUUUGUGAGACCUGUGAGGGAAAAGUUCAGUUUCCAGCAUGAUCCAGAGCAUAUUAACAAGUAGGACUUACACACAAGGGAAUCAUUCCUGAAGGUCAGAUGUUGAAUUUUUUUGUGUGCUUUGUGGUAUUUUGGAAGCCUACCUACAGUCAUUCUUCACCACUGAAAAAAAUGGAAAACACAUCAUUAUUUUCUUUGUAAGUCAUUUUUACUCAGUUUUUCUUACCCCAAAGUAACCUUCCCCCCCGGCCCCCUUAGCCCCCGACCACCAUUGCUUCUUCAGCUGGGCUUCAGCUGUUCCUUUUAGCCUCCUUCUUUCUUCCUGAACAACAAAAGAAUAGGUAACUGAAAGGAUUUUGCUAAGUCUCUUUAUCAGGCUCCUGUGUAGCAUACUGGAACUGUAUCAAAGGGGAAAUUUCUAUCAAAGAGGAAGUUUAUUUGCUUAGUGAAAACAAAAGAUAUAUAAGAAGGAAACAAACUCAGGAAAAUAUCAAUUGUAAUCCAAUUUACUAGAAUGGAUAGUGAAAUUUUUUGGACUGUGAAGUCCUUAAGUACUUUUCAUUUCAAGUAACUUUUCUUGUUUAGUGAAUGUAUUUAAAAUACUGUAAAAGAAAUUUGCAAAGUAUUCCAUCCUGUUAACAUUUUUCUUUUUAUGAAAAUAUGCUAGAAAACUAAUUAGUGAGCUUAUUAUUUCUCCCUCUCUAUGAAUGCACUCAUUUAUUUUAAUAAAUUUGAGAGAAUAAAUACAACCUAAAAUGUUACACGGCAAAAAUGUAUUUUAAAAUUUUACUAAAAAUAGGAGAUAAAAUAAUUGUUCCUAUAGGUCAUGAGUGACAUUCUCAUUCAUCCUACAUAGAUUAAGAAUCCAAUUUCUUUUUCAGUUGCAUUCCUUUCUGUUGUUCUGUAUGAUUUUUGGGGGAUUGGAAGACCCUGAUGGAAGGAAAUAUUGUAUCUAUAUAGUGGUAGUGGCAGCUACGGUAGCUUACUGUGGUUCUGAGCAGGAUAUGAAAGCACAUACUCUUAGGUGAGCAGGGAGGGCCUCCUUCAGCAGUUCUCCUUUUUGAAAACAGCAGUCAGGAUGAUUUCCAAUCUUGUGGUCAUCAGGGUGAGUUAGAGAUGGCAUUGCAAUGGCUUGGGACAAACUGACAGGCAGGUUGUGUUUGAUCUGCAUAGGGAUGGGGAGAACAGUGAUGCACAGGUAAUGAGUCCAAAUUGGCUUAGGUUCAAGAGUAGACAACAGAAAUAUAAUUGAAAGCUGUUUUGGUUUGGUUUGGUUUGGUUUUUUGUUUUGUUUUUGUUUUUGUUUUUUGUUUUUAAGUGGAAAAAAAAUGAUGAGUAAGCUUCUCCCUAAGCCUGAUGAUAACUUAGAGAAAUGGACAGAAAGCCAGGUGGAGAUGAAGGUCUUUAUAUCUUUGUAUCCAUGGAACUUUCUUUUUGCUUUCUUUUUUGGACUAUUUUAAAAAACACCAUUGGAAAGGAGAAAAGCAUGAAAAAGUAUAAAUUUUGUACUUCUCAAAUAGAAAAUGACAUUGAACUCUCUGUAUACGUGUCUGUUUCUGCCAGAAAGAGCCAAGAAUAGCCCAGUGGAUUCAGAUACUGUUAAAGGCAGUUGGAGUGCUGACAAAUUCCAUGUCCUUGGAUUAAGUUUUAAAUGUUAAUUGAAAGUUUAUGCAUAAAUCAAAUUACAUGUUCCUUAAUUUUUUCAUACUGCACUUCUAAAAUGCAUCAUUAACAUUAGUACAACCUUCUCUGAAAAUUGUUCCUACUUCUAACAACAGGUGCCACUUUGACUCCCACACAUGGAGAGCUUUAGACUGAUUGUGCAGUCUUCACUCAUUUGUCUAAACCAGAUUAACAAAUUACAAGUGUCCAAGACAAGUCAUAAAAGGAAAUGGCAAUAAAAAUCUACAGCUGCUGCCUUUUCAUAUUUCAGCCUAAUAUUCUGGUGGUAGAUGGGUUGCAUUGUUUCUGGAAGCAAUAUAUUUGAUGUUCUCAGUGUCCCACCAGACUAGAUCAGACUAGACUAGCUAUUCAUAACAGAUCACUGAAUCAUUCAAGUUGGAAGGGACCUUUAAAGACCAUCUAGUCCAACUUCCCUGCAAUGAACAGGGAUACCUACAGCUAGAUGAGGCUGCUCAGAGCUCUGUCCAGCCUGACCUCGAAUGUCUCCA